AUGGAGAACUACGUGAUCGGCGUGUACGGAGAGAGUUUUCGCCCUGUUCUUCGGUGGGCAGCCGAAGCCGAACGCCCCGUGACGAUCGAGGGAGCUCGGGCGGUGCACGACGGAGUUCCAGAGCUGGAGACCAAGGUCAACCAGCUGUACGCGGCGCUGAUCAGCACGACGGCGGACGGCAGCGAGAGCAACGACCUCGUGACGGGCGCCCCCGACGGGAACGGUCUCGAAGCCUGGCGGAAGCUCCACCGCAGGUGGGAUCCGACGACAGGCCCGAGGAAGAGGCUGAUCCUGAGGUCGAUCAUCUCGCCUCCGAAGUGCAGCGCGGACGAGCUGGGGUCCGCCUUAGAGAAGUGGAUCCAGCAGAUAGGCAGGUACGAACGCCGCCAAGGAGAAGAUGGUCUGGCCGAGCUGCCGGAGGAUAUCAAGAUGGCGGCCCUCGAGAUGCUCGUGCCUCAGGACAUCGAGAACCACCUCGUACUCAACAAGCAUCGGCUCGUAACGUUCCAGGACAGUCUGAACGAGGUAAUGACGAUCGUAGAGGCUCGGACCGGCGUGAAGAUCAAGGAGCCAUCGAUCCGUGCGCGGGCGCAUCAUCCGGACGACAUGGACGUCGGAUCGUUCGGAGCCCCGAAAGGCAAAGGCAAAGGCAAGGGCAAGGACGGCAAGAGCAAAGGGAAAGGCAAGACUCAGGAGCCGAAGGGGAAGAGCAAAUCGACGAACGGAUCAUACUCAGGGCACACGGCACCUCGAAGCACCAGCGGGCGCUUCGACGGCUACUGUCGGAACUGCGAGAGAUGGGGCCACAAGGCAUCCGACUGCUGGAGGAAAGAGCAGGGAUCGAGUACGAGGGCUGGAACUGGAUCCGCAACGGGGGCAAGCGCUGGUGGUAAAGUCGGUAGCCGCGGCGGCAAGGCCGGCGGCAAGGCGGCAGGCAGCCUGGAGGAGGAGCCUGAAGCGGAGGUCGCCGCUCUGGACAUGGGCAGCUUGGACUGCCUGGAGCUCGCCAGCGGCAGCGGCCGCGGCAUAGCGGCGGUCGACCUCUCCCCCUUCGCGCAGGACGACUGGAUGAAGUUCAACUGGGACAGCGGUGCAGCUAUCUCAGCAUUCCCUCGGAGCUUCGCGCCGCCGACGGGAAUGAAGGGCAACGGCAGCACGUAUCGUACGGCCAGUGGUGAGCUCGUCCCGGACGAGGGCAGCUUGCAGCUCAAGGCGGAGGACGAGUACGGAGUGCUACGAGCACUCAAGGGACGCGCGACGAACGUGCACAAGCCGUUGAUCUCGGUGGGGCAGGCAGCAGGAGCUGGACAGUGUUCAUUCCUGGGUCGCAAUGGCGGCUGGAUAUUCCACGAGAAGAGCCCAAUCGGCAAGCGCGUGGUAGGCAUGCUCGAGAAGGAGGCGAAGGCGGCGAAGCACCAGAUGCUGCCGGUCUAUCGCGAGCAGGGCGUCUACAACUUCUACCUCAAGAAGGGCCAACAUGGCUCGGUUGCUCCUCUCGAGGAGGGACUUUCGGCGAAGUCGAAGUCCGAGCUAGUGGAGCUCCUCAGCGGCAAGUCGAAGGAGGAGCUGCUGGAGAUCCUCGAGAAGACAGACUUAAUACCACGGCCCCCGGCGGCAUCGGCUGCGGGGGCGGCAGCGGCGGGGUCGGGACCUUCCGACGUGAGACCGCCGGGUUUUCAGCCAGCGGCAGCUGCUGCGGCCGACGCUUUGCCAGCUGCUCCUGAUGGACAGCAGGCCGACGAGGGCGAGGAGGAGGCUCGCCCGAGAGUGCUGAAGGCACCUCAUGAGCCCUCUCAGAGGGAGAUCGACGAACACGAGGCGAUGGGACACGCGACUUAUCGCAGCUGGUGUCGCGUGUGUAUUGCGGCAAAGGGCCAAGGCCAGCCGCAUCUCCGCGCACCGGAGGACGACGAGACGGCGGUGCCGGUGGUCUCGUCCGACUACGCCUUCAUGGGCCAGGACGACGCGGACACCAUGCCGAUGCUGGUACUUAGGGAUCGGCGCUCGAAGAUGAUGGCGGCGACAUUCGUGGAGAAGAAGGGCGACGACGCCUACGCCAUCAAGUUCUUCGCACGCUUCUUGCGGAUCCUGGGCUACAGGAAGAUCGUCAACAAGUCCGACGGCGAGCCGGCGAUCCUGUUGGUCAAGAGGCGUGCGGUGGAGGAGGUUCCUGGCCUCGAGGCCAUUCCCCAGGAGUCGGCACCGGCCGAUCAUCAGGCCAAUGGGGAGAUCGAGGUCACGGUGCGCGAGAUUAAGAAGCAGGUGCGGGCGCUCAAGAUGGACCUGGAGUCCAAGCUGGGCGUCAAGGUGGAGGACAAGCACCCGGUGCUAGCGCACCUGCCGGAGCACGCCGCAUCGGUAAUCAACCGAUACCGGCGCGGCCAGGAUGGCAAGACCGCUCUCCAGCGGCUCACGGGACGGCAGUGGAGGAAGCCGGUCCCGCUCUUCGGCGAGCGCUUGAUGGCGCGGUUCGCCGGGGAGCGCGCGAGGAAGAACGCGCUGGAGGAGCAGAUGGUGGAGGCUCGCUACAUCGGCCACCACCCGCGCGACGGCUCGAUGAUGGUCAUCACGAGCGACGGCGCGAAGAAGGCGGUAGGCUUUCGCAGCCUGCCGCAGAGCGAGAAGUGGAUCACGGCGGGCUGGGAUGGCCUGAAGGGCCUGCCGUGGGACGUGGCUCCGCGUGCGGCAAGCGCGCCGCGGGCCAUCGUCGGACCUGGAGAGGUCGGACCGCCACCAAUUGUGGUGGUGUCGCCGCAGCCGCAGGCGCCGAGGAGGAUGUACGUCCUCAAGGCGGACGUCGAGCGGCUGGGCGCAACGCCGGGAUGCCCAGGGUGCGUCUCGAUCGCCAAGCACGGCAAGGUGCUGGCUGGCCAUGCGCACAACGCGGUGUGCAGCAAGAGAAUCUUCGAAGCGCUGGACGCUGAGGAGGCAGGCCGGGAGAGGACCGGCCAGUAUCGAGAGCGGAGGCAGGGCCAAGAGGCCAGAGUCCGACCAGCGGCAGCGGCCGCGGCAGGGACCCCUCCGCCGAAGACGGCUCGGAGGAUCACCGAGCCGGUGGCAGCGGCGGCGGCGGCAUCGGCCGCGCCGGCCGCGACCCGAUCGGCAGCAGCGCCAGCCGCGGCAGCCGCAGCGGCGCGCAUGCGAGAGAGCCAGCCGGUAGCAUCGGGCUCCGGCGGGGCGGCUCCUUCAGGAGGAGCGAGCUCCAGUUCGGGAGCAGUGCGAGCGGCAGAGGCCGCCGAGGAUGUCGACAUGACCGCGACCAGGUCGCGGCUGAAGCGCUUGGCGGAGGUGGCCCCGGAUGACGUGCCGGAGGCCCUCGAGCGCGGUGAUCCACAGCCGGCAGACGUGCCGGUACCGGUGGACAUGGAGGAUCUCGCGGCGCAGCCGGCGCCAGCGGAAGGACCUCAGCUGCCAGCUGGAGUGGCAGUCGUGUGGAACGCCAGUGAGGGGAGGCACAUGCGGGUGCUCGCCCUCGAUGUGGCGUCGAUCGAGCUGGUUGAGCUCGGAGUGCUGACGAGAGCGAAGGCGGAGUUGCUCCCGCUCGUUCGCGAACAGGUCAGCGGCCAUUGGGCCAGCGUCGGCGUGGACAUCGCCGACGAAGAAGUGGAUAGCAUCGCCCUAUCGGCGUUGCAGCUGGGCGCCGUGGACGUGGCCGAGGUGUACUCGCCACAUCGGUUCUCGGCUCGGGCAGCGGAAUUUCAGCUGCGCCCGGGCUUCGCGGCGGACCUGGAGGAACUCAAGGAGGACGGGGCGCCGUGGGACUUGCGGCGCCCCGAGGAUGUCAAGGAGCUCGAGAAGCAGCAGGAGCGGAUGGAUCCCAUCCUGCUCACGGGGUCCCCUCCAUGCGAGAAGUUCAGCUUGCUGAGGGGCCUGAGCGCCAAGUUCAGGACCGAUGAGCAGGAGGCGGCUGAGAUGGAGGAGGCCAGACACCACCUGAAGGUGGCAGUCGACGCCUACUGGCGUCAGCUCAGGAAGCCAGGCAGGUACUUCCUGCAUGAGCAUCCCUGGAGCGCGCGAUCGUGGAAUGAGGACAUCGUCAAGGAGCUGGUCGCGCAUCCAGGAGUCUUCACGGUCAAAGGCCCCAUGUGUCGGUGGGGCAUGAAGCUCACGAACCCACGCAGUGGUCAGGAGGAGUUCGCGCGCAAGGAGACCGGAUGGGUCACCAACCAUCCAGGCUUAGCCCGGAGGCUGCAGGGCACUUGCAGCAAUGUGGACGGCCGCGCGGAAUGGCAUCGCCACAUCACGCUCGUGGGCGGCAUCGCGCGGUUCGCGAAGGUCUAUCCACCGAAGUUGGUAGAGGCGGUGCUGGAGGAGCUCAAGGACACGCUGAAUGACGUGGGAGAGCUCAGCACCGCCCAGGUGCAGCAGUCGGGCCCAGUCCCUGUGGACGCGGCAGUGCCGCCCGGGGACUGGACGAGUUACUGGGACGACGUCAAUGGCGGCUACCUGGAGGCGGGCCUUGUGGCCCAGGCUCGCGCGGUCGAGCGCGAGUGGGUCAAGAAGCAGGAGCUGAUCGAGAUCGAGUCGCUUCGCAAGAAGGGCAGGAAGCCGGGCAACUUCAAGAUCGGCUUCUUCGACAUCAGCAGGGCGCACUUCUACGGGAAGGCGCAGCGGAGGAUCUUCGUAGAGCUGGAGGAGGAGAGUCGCAAGGAGUACGGCGAGGACAAGCGCGGCCUACUCCUCAAGUCCUGGUACGGCACGCAGGACGCCAGCAAGAUCUGGCAGGGCGACUACACGGAGCUGCUGGAGGAACACGGCUACAAGGCGGGCGUGUCGUGCCCAGCGGUCUUCUACAAGGAGGUGGACGAGACGAGGCUGCUGGGGCACGGCGACGACUUCGCGGUGCUGGCUCAGCAGCAGGACAUCGACAGCUUCGAGGCCACGCUGGGCAAGAAGUACGAGUUCAAGAAGACUGCGAACCUAGGCUUCGACGAGGGCGAUGACAAGCAGGCGGUCUUCCUGAAUCGGGUCAUCGAGGUCAGUGCGGGAGUUCCGCCUGGCGGUGGCCGGCCCUGCCGGCAUGCGAUGAUCGAGCCGGACAAGCGGCACGCGGAGAUCGUGAUCGACGAGUUGGGUCUCAGCAAGGCCAACGGCGUGGACACGCCGAUGGAGAAGCGCAGCGCCGACAAGCAGAUGAUGGAUGCGAAGUCGGCGGCGUUGGGAGCAGCGGAAGCUUCGCGCUUCCGAUCCCUCACCAUGAGGGUGGCCUACCUGUCUCAGGACAGGCUGGACUUGGCAGAGGCAUCAAAGACGCUCGCUAGGUCCAUGCAGACGCCAACGGAGGCGAGUUGGCUCAUGCUCAAGAGGGUUGGCCGCUACCUCAAGCGGCAUCCUAGCACGGUGACGGUUUUCACGGAGCAGAAGAUGUUCGACAAGAUCCGGGUGUACGUGGACUCCGAUCAUGCGGGCUGCGCAGUCACCCGGAAGAGCACCGGAGGCUUCGUGGCGAUGCUGGGGCAUCAUGUCGUCAAGCAUGGCAGUAAUCUGCAGUCGACGGUUUCUUUGAGCAGCGGAGAGAGCGAGUACUACGCCCUGGUGAAGGGCGGGAGCGUGGGCCUGGGCCUUCACAGCCUCUUCGCGGACUGGGGGCUGGACCUGAAGGUAGAGCUCGCCUCGGAUUCAUCGGCGGCCCGGGGCCACGUCCAACGGCGGGGUCUCGGGAAGAUGCGACAUGUUCAAUCACGAUACUUGUGGAUCCAGGAGCGCGUGGGUAAGGGCGACCUCUCGAUCGCCGCGGUUCCUGGUAAGAACAAUGUCGCGGACGUGCUGACCAAGAGAGUGGGUGGAUCCCUUUUGAGGAGACACAUGGCGACGCUCAACAUCUGGGAUCGGACACCGAGUUUGACUCAGAAGGACUUCAAGUGA